CUGACACACAGCCGCGGCAGGUCACGUGACUGGACACGAGACAUUGCAAUACUGAAUGAGAAUACAAGAUACCAAAGGGAUUAGUGAUGUAAAGGAUCAUUUCCAUCAUAUUUUAACUGAAACUUUCCCCGCACUGUACACACGCUAGCGGCCGGUAGCGUUUGGCAAUGAAAGGCUGCUUUUAGCCGCCAGGUCCCUCAGAAGCGGAAGGGUGCAUCUUGCGGGGGACCAAACAAUACGCCGACGGUUGUGGUGCUGUUCGGUAUGCUAGGAGCGGACCGUCUGGUCUGGUACAGGUAACAAGACUUGUUCCUAGGGAUUGUUGGACCCAAAUGAGUUCUCUCACGGCGGUCUUACUUCUAGGAAUCAAGCUUCGAAUGGACGUUAAAAGCAGGGAAGAGGACCUAAUUGAAGUCCAGAGUGGACGGAGAGUGGAUGAAGAAUAGAAGCCAACCUGCUGCACGGAUGGAACGCCUCCACUCUGUGCAGCGUCGAUGUUGGCAGCUCUUAGCACGAGAACCGGGCCGAGGUCGGUACUCGACCCAUGACGACCUGCACACCAAAGGUUCACUGGAUUCCCACAUCCCGCUGCAGAAAUGGAGAGAGACGAGAAGAAGCAUUUUGGCUGGCCAGGGCCACCGGCAGCACGAGGUCAAAGACAUGGCCAGAGGUUACCAGGGCAACGCCAUCUGCACUACCAAGUACAGCAUAUUGACCUUCAUCCCCUUGAACUUGUUUCAGCAGUUUCGCAGAGCGGCCAACCUCUACUUCCUGUUCCUGGCCUUGCUGAACUGGGUCCCGGUUGUUGAAGCCUUCCAGAAGGAAAUUACCAUGAUUCCUUUGCUGGUGGUUCUUGCCGUCAUCGCUGUUAAAGAUGCCUUGGAAGACUACAGGCGCUACCUCUUUGACAAAAACAUCAACAACAAAGUGGUGCAAGUGUAUUGUGGCAAGAAGCAAGCCUACAUGGAGAGAUGCUGGAAAAACGUUCAAGUCGGGGACUUCGUUCGUCUGUCCUGCAAUGACAUCAUCCCUGCUGACAUUUUGCUGCUGCACUCCUCCGACGCUCGCGGCGUAUGUUACAUUGAGACGGCCAACCUGGAUGGAGAGACCAACCUGAAACAGAGGCAGGUGGUUUCAGGCCUUCCACUGCAGGGAGUGGAGUUUACGCCCGAAAGCUUCCACGGCCGUAUCGAAUGUGAGAAUCCCAACAACGACCUGGGCAGGUUCCGAGGUUUCAUGGAGCACCCCAAUGGGACUCGUGUCGGCCUGCACAACAACAACCUGCUGCUGAGAGGUUGCACCAUUCGUACUACAGAGACCGUGGUGGGCAUCGUGGUCUAUGCUGGACAUGAAACCAAAGCUCUGAUGAACAACAGCGGGCCAAGAUAUAAAUGGAGUCAGCUGGAGAAGCGCCUGAACGUCGAUGUCCUGUGGUGCGUGUUGCUGCUCUUCGUCAUGUGUCUCACUGCUGCUGUUGGUCAUGGCCUCUGGCUGAAGAAGCUCCAAAAUGCCGUCUUUGUGACUGAUGAGGAGACACCUCCUGCCCUGGCUGGCUUUUACGUCUUCUGGACCAUGAUCAUCGUGUUACAGGUGCUGAUCCCCAUCUCUCUCUACGUGUCCAUCGAAAUAGUGAAGCUGGGCCAAAUCUACUUCAUUCAAAACGAUAAAGCCCUCUACAACGAGCAUGCGGACUGCAGGAUCCAGUGUCGGGCUCUCAACAUCACCGAGAACCUGGGUCAGAUCCAGUACUUGUUCUCUGAUAAGACUGGAACUCUCACUGAGAACAAGAUGGUGUUUUGCCGUUGCAGUAUUCAUGGGAUCGAAUAUCCUCAUGCGGAAAACGCUCGAAGACUCAAGUUGUACGAGGCGGAGAAGAGUGACGUCCCAUCUGCCUGCGGCGGUGACUCUUCCUGCAUCAACCCCAGCUCAGCGCAUCCGCACACACUUCCUGUCGAGGCAAAGGAGGUGAUACCAGACCCGGAGCUGGUGAAGAAAUUGAGCCGUCUUCGCUCUCCACCGCUUCCUCAAGGUGUUGGCUCUUGUGAGACCACAUCCCUUCAAGAAGCCGCCUCCAUCAUGGACUUUUUCCUGGCGUUGGCCGUCUGCAAUACCGUCGUGGUCUCCUCUCCAAGCCAGCCUCCAUACACGGUAGCUGAGGCACAGACGUCUGGAGAAGAUAUGAAAAUGACGUUCCAUGGCGUCAGUUCAUCAUCUCUGUCAGCUUUUCCUACACUUGCACCUUCUGAAAUAAGAGAAAAGCCUCGCUGCUCCAAUAGUGUCCUCACACGAGAGAAGAUGGCCACCUUCACAUGCUCUCCUCCACCUGGUAGGACUACAGAGGCUGUAAACCACGAGGAUAACGUUGAAACCUCCCAACGCAGGCGUAGGUUAGACUCCCCACACGAGGAGCAGGUGGAGAACUAUAGCAAGAACGUGACGGCUGAACGUGACGCAGAUGAUGGACUGCUGUAUGAGGCUGAGAGUCCAGACGAAGCAGCCCUGGUCCAUGCCGCCAGAGCCUACCACUGCACGCUGCGGGGGCGGGGUGCAGACAGCCUCACCGUAAACCUGCCUGGGCUUGGCACUGUGGGCGUCCAACUCCUUCACGUCCUGCCCUUUGACUCCAACAGGAAGCGGAUGUCUGUGGUGGUCCGCCACCCCGUCACUGGACAAGUGGUGGUCUACACCAAGGGAGCGGACUCGGUCAUCAUGGACCUGGCUGAGACACCGAAAGGUGCAGAACAGGCAGCGGAGAACUCCGACUACAUUCGAGAACAAACCCAGAAGCAUUUAGACGGCUACGCUCGAGAAGGCCUUCGUACUCUCUGCAUUGCUAAAAAGGUGCUGGAGGAAGAGGAGUAUGAGGCGUGGCUGCAGAGACAUACGCUGGCCGAGAGCAGCAUUGACAACCGAGACGAGCUGCUGUUUGAUUCCGCAGAAAGACUAGAGACCAACCUCACUCUUUUGGGGACCACGGGCAUCAUGGACCAACUGCAGGAGGGCGUGCCAGAGACGAUGGAUGUUCUUCAAAGAGCCGGUAUCAAAGUGUGGGUCCUGACUGGAGACAAACAGGAGACGGCCAUCAACGUCGCCUAUGCCUGUGGACUCAUUCGUCCCGGUGACCGUCUUCUGACGGCCAACUGUGAAAGCAAGGAAGCCUGCGCUGAACUUCUGGAGGAGCUCAAACUGGAAGUGCAGCGUGAAGCGUACCCGAGUAGAAGGACUCCCGAGGAAUCAUCCUCAGGAUUCAUUUUAAUCAUAGAUGGUCGGACGCUUGCUUGGGCCCUCAAAGAAGAAGCAAAGAGCCGCUUUCUGGAGGUGAGCAGCUCCUGCAAGGCUGUCAUCUGCUGCCGCUCCACUCCGCUGCAGAAGAGCCAAGUGGUGCGACUGGUCCGGGACCAGCUCAACGUCAUGACGCUAGCAGUGGGUAAGCACAGUGUAGCCCACUGCGGGGCACCCGACACCAUACUGGUCUUGGAGCAUCCAUCCCAUAGCAGGGCUGUGGUUCUCCUAGGGGACGGGGCCAACGAUGUCAGCAUGAUCCAAGUGGCUGACGUGGGCAUCGGGAUAUCCGGUCAGGAAGGAAUGCAGGCUGUGAUGGCCAGCGACUUUGCCAUUUCCAGGUUCAAACACCUGAGGAAGCUGCUGCUGGUCCACGGCCACUGGUGCUUCUCUCGUCUUGCUAACAUGAUCCUGUAUUUUAUCUACAAGAAUGUGAUGUUUGUCAACCUGCUGUUUUGGUACCAGUUCUUCUGCGGUUUCUCUGGGAGCGUCAUGACCAACUCCUGGGUUCUGAUAUUCUUCAACCUGAUCUUCACCUCCGCUCCUCCGCUCGUCUACGGCAUUCUCGAUAAAGACGUCGCUGCAGAUCGACUGAUGCGAAUGCCCGAGCUUUACCAUUCUCCGCACGCCUCUCAGGUCUACGCUUCGCUGGCCUUCUGGUUCACGGUCCUGGACGCCUUCUACCAAAGCCUGGUUUGCUUCUUUGUGCCUUAUUUUGCCUACGCUGGAUCGGAUGUCGGAGAGCUGUCCUUCGGGUCGCCCAUCAACGCCUCGGCUCUUCUCAUCAUCCUGCUGCACCAAGUCAUCGAGAGCCACACCCUGACAUGGAUUCAUGUUGGGGUGUUGGUGCUCAGCGGGGGGUCAUACUUUGCCUUCGUGCUGAUCUUCAGUGUUUGCUGUGUGACCUGCAGCCCCCCCACCAACCCCGUGGGUGUAGAAGUUCUCCAGAUGUCCCAUCCGCUCUUCUACAUGGUGUGUGCUCUCACUACGGUGACGGCACUGUUGCCCAGAUUCCUGUUCCGUGUCCUUUACAACACGAUGCACGCGUCCGCCCCGAGGCAAGCGGCUUACGGGGACAGAGGGCGACGGGCGAAGUACCGGAGAAGGAUGCGGCACCAGAACUUGAAGCUCUGCGUGGCCAACAGGCAGCCAGAGCAUCCUGACGCCGCCAGCCUGGAGCUCAGCACAGAAUCCGUCGUCUUUUGAUCAUAUUGUAAUAUCAUAGAAGUUCAAAGGUCAAUCGGGAAAUAAAGUCCUAAUUAUGAGACGGACAUUUACUUUGAAGAGUCUAAAUAUUUAGAAAAUAUUAAGAAAUGGGGCUGCACGGUGGUCGAGUGGUUGGCAGGGAUGAAACCAGAAGUACAUA